AUGCCAAAAGGCAAAGGAAAGAAGAAGGGGGCAGAGUCAGCCGCUCCUGCCGUGCAAGAGCCGCCUAAGCUGUACAUGUUUGGACUGGACGUGGGCUCCACGGCGCAGGGUGUGUUUCAGGUGGUGGAUGGUCAAGUGACCCCCAUCAGCCCCGCGGCGGUGAAGGGCCACUUCUUCGUGGGAGACUGCACGCCGGAAGGCAAGCGCGUGGGUCGCGGGCUGGAAUGCUUCCCCAACGGCACCGUCUUCGACGGCGAGUUUGACGAGGAGAAGAGGAACGGGCACGGCACCAUCACCUUCCCCGAUGGCUCCAAGUACGAGGGCAACUUCCACCACGGCCUCUUCCACGGCCAGGGCAUCCUGCGCACCGCCAGCGCGUGCUUCAGGGGAGAGUGGGAGAGCGGGGCGAAUUCCGCGAUGGCCCAGCGCAACGGCAUGUGCACUGUCACAUAUCCAAGCGGCUCGCGCUAUGACGGCCACUGGCUCAACGACAAGAAGCACGGCCAGGGCACGCAGACAUGGCCCAACGGCAUGACAUUUACGGGCGAAUGGCACAGCGGCCAGCAGCACGGUGCAGGCACCCUCCGCCUCCCCUCUGGACGCGUCAUUGCAGGCACGAAGGUUGCUAAUGACAGGUUGCUUGUGCUGCUGUUGCCGAUGGUGUUGUGGACUGCUGAUGCUGCUGCUGCUGCUGAUGCUGCUGAUGGUGUCUGCAGCGAACACUCACCUGCGCCUGCGCUCAAGUCGCUGCCACUUUCCCCCAAGCAACAACAACAACAACAACAACAACAACAACAACAACAACAACAACAACAAUAA